AUUUCAACCGGGUCGAACAUGUCGAAUCCAGAAAUCCAAGGUCGAUUUCCUCCUAUCUUGGAUAUAGUCUUAGCAGUAGCCGCAGCAAUCCGCCACAGCUCGCAGGAGAAGCAUGGGGAGUUGCGUGCGUCGAAGGCGGCUAUAGAGGCUAUGCCGAGAGUGACAGUGACGGCGGAGGAGUCUGAUAAAGCCUGCUCGAUUUGCUUGGAAGAGUUUGAAGUCGGCGGCGAGGUUAGAGAGAUGCCAUGCAAGCACGAGUUCCAUUCGGGUUGUAUCGAGAACUGGCUCCGGGUUAAAGGGUUGUGCCCGCUUUGCCGAUUUGUUAUGCCUAUGGAGGAAGAUGAAGAAGAAGGAAGAGCGAGUAUGGAUGUUGUGUACCAUCAACAUGUGGAGGAAGAAGGAGGAAGAGAGAGUAUGGAUGUUGUGGACCAUCAACAGGAAGAAGGAGGAAGAGAGAGUAUGGAACAUGUGGAAGAAGAAGAAGGAAGAGAGAGUAUCCAUCAACAUGAGUUCUGGGUCCACUUUGUGUUUGUUGAUUCAAGUAUGGAUUCGGGUUCGGAUCGUGUUGUAGUUGAAGUUGAAGUUGAAGUUGAAGAUGAUGACUCGCCAACGCAAGAUAUGGUCUGA